AUGCUUGUACCUUUGAUCUUUGCAGUAUCUCUUUGGACUUUUGCUUAUAAGUAUUUGGUAAAGUUAAACUAUAACUUACAAAUAGUUUUUUCUCUUCUAUCUAUGGUGCAUUGGUUAUUAGCUUUUAUCUAUUUUGAGAUAAUUGUUUCCUUUAAUCUUGACCAUGAUGUUAAAUAUAAAAUAUUCGGAAAUGACUUGACUGAAGUAUAGCUUUAUUUCCAUGUCCUUACUUGCAGUUUCUUUGGCUUUGAUCUAGUAGCUAGAUAAAUAAAAAAUUAACUUAAUUCAUGGUUACUUAUCCAUCAUGGAUUAACACUAUUUUUUAUCUUGAUAGCUGUUUUACAUAACUAGUCUGGAUCAGAAAACAUUUAUGUCCUUAGAUAUGCUACAUUCUGCAAUGUCCCAAUGAAUGUAAAAAAUAUACUAAGAGUCUUAUAACAAAAAGAAUCACCCCUCUAUCAUAUUUCUAACAUACUUUAUGCAUUAAUCUACAGCUUUAACUUUCUAAUAAUGCUACCUUUGUGCCUAGUUUCAUUCAUUUACAGAAAAACAAGCAUACUAACAAUAUCUAUGCUAGUACUUCUAUGUACUUAAGCAUUUUAUACUAUACUAAAAACUCAUAUCCCUUAAUUUAGAUUAAGUGUUUAACAUUUCAAAAGUUUAUAGAAUGUUGGAAAUUCUGCUACAUGA